CCCUGCAUGCCGAGCCGUGCCGCAGUCGCCCUCCAUGCCGAGCCGUGCUGCCGUCGCCCUCCACCGCUCCAGAGCGGCGCCGCCGAGCACCCAAGUGACCGCAGCCGCCAAUCACUCCAGGUCGGGGCCGUCGGCCGCCCUCCAGCCAGACCAUUGCCGUCGUCGGCAACGGAAAGCGCAAGAGGAAGCAGUGCCUUCCCAAGGGUCCACCAUGGCAUCGUGCUCCUCUUCUCCACGGCCGUUCACGCUGGCGAGCAUGGGGGGCUCCCGACCACGCCCUCCUCCCCGAUGGCGGCGAGCACGGUGCCUCUCCACUUAGAUCCGUGCCGGUGGAAACCCGAUGCAGUUGUAAGUACGAAGCCAGAUUUCCCCUCCCUCCUACAUCCCCCAUCCACCGAGUUAGUAAUUCUUCCGUAUUGCUGUUUUUUUUCUUUUGCUGCCAAAUUGAUGGAGGUGCUAUUAGUGAAAGGAUUGGAGACUGGUUCUAGCAGUGGUAGAUUUUUCGAGAAUUUCCUAGUGCUCGUGAUUUGCAAAGGGUUUCAGCCAAGUUAGUGUACGUGUACCCUCCUAUGAUUAGUAAAAUUUCGUGUGUCUGUAUCCACCCUUUUUAGGUACAUGGAUCCAUCUUUUUUUAUUCAGGUUCAGACAUUGCACAACUGAAGACAUUUGUUAUAUAGCUCGAGAAAGUUUACUCACUAUGGCUAACUGUUAUUCCAGGAUAAUAUGCAAUGUUAAGUGCAAUUAUUUUCCUCAUGCUACCACAAUUUUUGCCAACAUUAACUUUUCAGCUGCUUGAUAGAAUCAUGGAAGGAACAUACAGUGCAGUACGAGACGAGGGAUGGUCUGAUGAUGUUGUCGAGAUGAGUAUGGUGCUCAUACUGUUAUCAUUUUGUAUUCAGAAUCUUUGAUGUUAAAUGGUGGGGUGUUAAAUGUAGCCCUCGAUAAAAAAUGGAGAUUAUACUACCAUAGUUAGCUCCACUAUAGAAAGUAACAUAACCAGCCUGAAGUAUGUGUAUAUCUAUUACUCUUUAAUAGUACAUAAGCUUUUGAACCUAGGAAGUCAUUGCCUCAGAGUUAUGCCUGCUUAGAUUAAUGGUUGCUAUGCUAACAAGAUACAGUGAAAAUUAACUUUGUUUCGAAUACAGUGAGUAUAUGACCUUAUAAUUGUUUAUGAUUAGAAUUAGCAAGGUCCCUUUACCCUCUUAAUGUGUUUACACUUCCUCUAAUGAAAUAAUAUGCUGUCUAUGAACCUUAACAAUCGUCAUCUCAGCUAAACAUAAAAGG